UUGCGACGGUACUGCGAGCUAGUCCGGUUUCGCUCUACUAGCAGACAUGUUGCCUCACUGAAUCUACGAAGUAAUCAAUCGAUUUGUAUUUUUUUAAUUAAUUUAUCUAACACGGACAUUCCCGAAAGGUAAACAUUAAAUAAAACACAGCAAUCAUCCGUAACUUUAAUGGCAUCGUAGCAUUUAUGUUAUAUUUUACAGGACUCUUAUGAUGCCGAAAUGUGACAACUGGAUGUUACACCGGAGCGUUGAAUAUGAUGUGGCAAUAUCAGUUACUGCUCUGUCUUAUCUUAGCUAUAAAAACAAAUGAAUCGUACAAAAUUGAUUUCGAACAAUCGACAAAAACUGUUAUUUUGGAUGAAAUCGGUGAAAAUUUGAAUGGAAAGUUUCAAUUAAAAGACUUUGGUAAUAAUAGAGGUACAAAGAAGUUGCCUGCAUACACGUCAUGGUCGGCCUGGAGCGAAUGUCAAGGUGGUCACAGAACCAGGCGACGUCACUGUCUGAGACGGGGAGUUUGCAGCGAUUCGCUGCGGGUUGAAGUAGCGAGAUGCAGUGCUUCAAGAGACGUACGGAAACGUUAUUUUGUUUUAAAAAAUGCGACAGAUUUGACAACAGCUACGAAGAAACCAACUGUUCAAAUUGUUAUGGCACAAUUGCGUCAUAACGAAGACAUACAAAAACAGUUUAGAGGUUUUUCCCCGUGGGGCAUCUGGAGUGUUUGUUCACAGAGAUGUACCACUGUUAGACGGAGAGUAUGUCAGAACAGAGCGAUAUGUGGGAAUAGAAUAAUAAAGCAGUCAGCGUACUGCUACCUAGAGGGUAGCUACUGCCAUCUAUGGAUCAGAAAGAGAAUGCAGCGGCGAAAGGACCCAGAAUAUACUAUAGCUGAAACUAUGGCGCCCCCACCGAAGGCGAUUCACCCAGAGGACACGCGGGCGUCUACGCAGGUGCCACCUUGCGGGCAACUUGGCCGUCAGCGCGGCCACGCACGAACACGCACGCGCAUGCGAGACAUGUUGCGCAUUAUCGGAGGUCGGCCAGCACCACCGGGGAAGUGGCCAUGGCAGGUCGCUGUACUUAACAGAUAUAAGGAGGCAUUCUGCGGAGGUACGCUAGUGUCCCUAUGGUGGGUGGUAACAGCGGCGCAUUGCGUGCGACGGCGACUGCUAGUGCGGCUGGGCGAACACGACUUAUUCGUGCGCGGCCGCAGCGAGCUCGAGAUGAGAGUGGUCGGCGCAGUCGUACACCCCAACUAUGACCCCGAUACUGUCGUCAAUGAUGUCGCUAUGUUAAGGUUACCAGCUCCGGCGCGGCCAGAGUUAGGCCACGGCAUCGCCUGCCUGCCGCGGCCUGGUCAGGUGCUGCCGCCGCACGCAACUUGCACUAUAUUGGGAUGGGGUAAGAAGAGAGCCACCGAUGCACACGGCACCAGAAUAUUGCACGAAGCACAAGUAUCAACAGUACAGCAAGGAGUGUGCCGGCGUUCGUACUGGCAGUAUGCAAUCACCGACGACAUGGUUUGCGCGGGCCGCGGCCGCCGGGACUCUUGCGCCGGUGACUCCGGCGGUCCGCUGCUCUGUAGGGAUAGGACCAUGAGGUACUACUUACAGGGUAUCACCAGUUUCGGCGACGGUUGCGGCAAGCGUGGCAAGUACGGUAUCUACACGCGCACCGCCGGCUACGUUACGUGGAUGAGGAGUGUGAUGAACGAGAAGUACUUCGACUGAUUUUUAUAAUGGAACACCUUAAGUUUAACUAAAUAAAAUUAA